AUGCAAAUGCCUAAAGUCUCAAAAGCUCGACCUAUACUGCUGUGUACAGACUUCGACGAAACCAUCACACAGCAUGAUACGACCUCACUCCUCUUUGAACUAGCAACAUCAACCUCUGUUUCAAUACGACAGCAAUUGAUGACGCAAUAUGCGAACGAGACUGACGAAUUUGUUAGGCACUAUAAGAUCAUGUGGCAACGGCAAAAUCAAAAUCAAAAGAACGAUUUUGUCUCAGAAUUUGACGAUGCGGGACUUCGUGAGUUCUUAGAAGGAUAUGCUGCAGUGGAUUUGCGGUCAAUGCAGCGCGUCGUGGAAGAUCGAGCGCUUAAGGGGAUACGUUUGGAUGAUCUUAUCAAAGCGUCGACUGAAGUACGAAUUCGACCCGAUUGUAUCGAGACCCUGGCAAGUAUUGAUAAAUGGAUAGUUAUAUCUGUAAAUUGGAGCCGAAAACUAGUGGAGACUGUGAUGGAUGAAUCAGGAGUCACAUUUGACACGACACAGAUCAUUGCCAAUGAAUUGGAGAUGAAUGCAGAAAGUGUAACAACUGGAAUUAUUAAUGUGAAGGUGCAGUCUUCUAUGGACAAGGAGCGGUUUGUAAAUCACGCACGAAUGAUGCAGAAGGAUACUCAGUCGAUUUUAGUGUACGUCGGGGACAGUGUUACAGAUCUGCUGGCUCUGAUUGCUGCUGAUCUCGGAAUAUGGAUGGUCUCAGAUGCUUCAACUUCAUCGACCAAACUCCUAGAUCAACUGGUGAAAUUUUAUCGGAUUCAUGUUCAUCCUUUGAUAAAAUUCAACUCAUUUCGAGAGUGCAUCGCCAAGGCAUCAGACGAUAGACCGGUUCUCUUUACCGUAAGCAGUUGGGCACAGCUUAAGUCAUUUAUUGAAAGUGCCUCUAAAGCUGACGUCACGAAGACCGGCAACUAA